UGCAAACGGCUUCCCCAAUGCAGUCUCCUCAUCUUUCAUCUCCUCUUUGACGAAGUGACAGGUUAUCUACGCCUGUGCGCUGCGUAAUCAUGGAAGUAGAGGAUGGGCGCCAUUUCCCCAAUGCUUUUGAAGAUUACAAGGGAGAGGAGCUCCUGUCUUCUGGAGGACAGAUUAGGGAUGACUUCAGAAAAAGGUUGAUUGAGAACAUCGAGAGGUUGCUGCGAGCGUUGGAGACCAGUUUGUCUGAAGGAUACGACGAAGGAGACUACUCCAUUUAUACUGGCAGUUCCGGUAUUGCAUUAUUACACUUACAUCUUUACAAGGUGCGAGACAACUGCCAGGAUGAUCGCCAUCUUCACUCGGCGCUGGGUCUACUCAAACGCCCUCUACGCCACCUCAAGCAAAAACGAGUCACGUUCUUGUGUGGCGAUGCAGGACCACUCGCAGUCGGUGCCGUCAUCUACAGCAAGCUGCAGAAGAAGGCAGAAUGUGAAGAGUGCUUAAAACGGUUGCUGUCCCUUCAAGAUGCCGUCAUCAAUGACCCCAACCUUCCUAACGAGGUGCUGUUUGGACGUGUUGGCUACCUAUUUGGUCUACUAUUUGUAAGGCAGCAUCUUGGCGUUGAGGCUGUCAACAGUUCUAUAUUGUCCAAGGUGUUCAGUACUGUGAUUGAGUCCGGCCGCCAUCUUUCAGUCAGCUCUGAUUCACCGUGCCCCCUUAUGUAUGAAUGGCAUGAGAAAAAAUACCUCGGGGCAGCACAUGGUCUGGUCGGAAUAUUUUACAUGCUUAUGCAGUGCCCAGAAGAAGUCUAUAAAAAUGAUUUGAAUGAUUAUGUGAAACCGAGUAUUGACUGGCUGAUGAAUUUGCGGUUUCCUUCUGGAAAUUAUCCCUCAUCUAUUGGCAGCAGCACAGGAGAUAAAUUGGUUCAUUGGUGUCAUGGAGCUCCAGGAUGGAUUCACAUGUUCGUCAUGGCUUAUAAGCGAUUUGGCGAUCCAAAAUACUUACAGUGUACAAAAGAGUGUGCAGAUGUUCUCUGGACGCGUGGUUUAUUGAAGAAAGGAUAUGGUAUCUGUCACGGGACUGCAGGCAAUGGUUAUGGACUCUUGGCCGCCUAUAAGCUUACUAAUGAACCAAAGUAUCUAUUCAGAGCCAUGAAGUUUGCUGAGUUUUGUUGUGAUUAUGGCAGCCAUAAUUGCAGAAUUGCUGACCGACCUAAUUCACUUUUUGAAGGCCUGGCCGGCACCAUAUAUUUCUUGGCAGACGUCAUUGAUCCAAGGAACAGUAAAUUCCCUGCAUUUGAACUCUGAUUCUCGACAGUUAACUUCCUUACUUGAGUCCAGCGUGAUGAUUUAAAGCCAUGAAAAGUGUGAGAGUUUUGGUUCUCCUUUCUGUAACUCUGCAUAGAGACAGAAUGAGUUGUUGGCCCGCAGCUGCAAGGUGGAUGUGGAGAGGCUGCCUCCUUGAAGCGUCAUCACCAAAGCUUGGAUACAACUUUGGUCUGAACCCUAGCCCAAGAUCCGUCUGGCAUGGUUGGAUCUGCCUGGGGCCGGGCUCCCGCCAGGCUAGCCAUUUGGGUUAUAGGGGCACACAGGCAGGUGCACCACAGCAAGGUUAGGAUCCAACACACCUGCUUGGCAGUUAAGAUGGAAUAAUGGGAUGACCUAAUACUAAAAAUAUUCAUAAAGCCUUGUACAUCCCAGGUCCUUGCUCUAGGAGAAAAUGCUGUUAAAGGACCUGUUGAGAUGUUGAAAAUGGCUUUGUCAAGCCAGUGCAAUAUAUUCAAGGCUGUUUUAAAGGAAAUGUGUUCAUGGUUAGACGAGGACCUGUGAUUUCAGUUCAAUGGAGAUGAUUGUUCGAGCCUGUUAUAGGAGACAAAUUUGAGUCGAAAACUUACAAGCUUAAGUCAGGCUCGGAUUUGAAAGGUGUCUAUUAUAUGCAAGUAUCCGGUAUAUGUGGGGCCGUUAUAUGCGAGGCUUACUGUGUGUAUAAACGUGAACUUUAAAGUACAUAUGUUGUCAGAAUUUAUGUAGUUAAAAUCAACUUAAA